AUGGAGAAUGGCAAGAAUCGGACGGAAGCACUUGCCAGUGUGUUGAAAGGUAAUGAAACGCUUGAAUAUGCAUGUAGUCUACCGCAUUUAGCACAGAGACAUACGCUGCAAAUGUCGAGAGGCAUCACAUGCCAAGAUGUACGUGAUCUAUUAGGGGUUGUGGCUUGCAUUGUACCCUUUAAUUUCCCGAUUAUGGUUCCGAUGUGGACAAUUCCUAUCGCAUUGACAAUGGGGAAUUGUGUCAUUUUAAAGCCAUCAGAAAAGGCUCCAUUGACGAUGACACGAGCUGCCGAGCUAUUGCAUCAAGCGGGAGUACCAAAAGGCGGGUUUCAGAUUAUCAACGGAAGUGUAGGCGCUGUCAAUAGCUUGUGUGACCAUACAAAAAUUGUGGCUGUCACAUUCGCUAGGUCAAGUCAUGUGGCACAACUUGUCGCUCGUCGAUGUCAUGCCCUGGACAAGCGUGUCUUGGCGUUUGGUGGUGCAAAGAACCACCUUGUUGCACUACCAGACGCUGAUAUUGAAAUGGCGACAAAAUAUAUUGUAAUCUCUUUUGCUGGAUGCGCUGGACAGCGCUGCAUGGUAGCAUCGGUUCUCAAUAUAGUAGGGGACUGCGAUGCGCUGCUUGCAAAGAUUGCUGAAAAGUCCAAGGAAUUAUGUCGCGGUACCGAAGCUAGUCAUGUUGGUGCGCUUAUUGAUGAGAUCUCGAAAUCACUUAAGUACAUUAGUGAAGCUGAAGGCGUCAAAAGUUUAGUUGACGUGCGAUCAUGGGCUAAAGAAGCUGGAAAACUAUUUUCAGACGCGUUUCGUGCAGGUAUGAUUGGAAAUAAUAUUCGAACUCCAGUCCACGUGAGCCCUUUAGCUGUGGUGGCUUGUAUGACACAACAAGGAAAUAUGGACAUCACGCGGACAAAUGUGAAUGACCGAUCAGAAAUUAAGGCAGAGUACUUGGUAAAACACCUUUUAGCAUAUUAA